AUGCAAGCACCGAUCCCUCUUCCGAGGCUCCUCAAUGGUGCACUACAACCUUCAGCUAGUCGGAUCCCUCACUUGAGUCUUCACAUCUUCCGGCGGCAGCCUCGACACCAUGUCCACCAGCAGCCGCCAUGGCAUUCUCAGAAUCCCCCUACCCAGCGUCGAUAUCAAUCCAGCGCUAUACUCGGAACCACAAUCUUCCCGCUCGAUACAUCUGUGAGCCAGGACGAUUACAACGACACGGCAGCGAAUACAUUUAGAUAUGUAACGCCCAAGGUCUCGGUCCCAGAUGUUGGGUCUACGUCACAGUCCACCGUCAGACAAGAGGUGUCCAUGGAGGAGCUGUUGGAAGAGAACAAUCCAGAAAGAAUUUUGCUGGGCCUGGUUACACCUUCCAUCGGCGAGAGCUUCGUUCUGGACGCGGACGAUGCGGCAUUCACUAAAGCCAUAUGCGCUCUCGAUCCAGACUACUUUAUUGUGCCGUUCAGAGAUAUUCACCGCUAUAUCAAACCCACUCUAGAAGUCGGACCUCGUUUUCGCCGUGUUAAAUCUUACGAAGAGCGCAUUAGCACCUUUUAUCAUCUGUUGGAUACCCUAGUGACAAUGCGAAAAGAGCGAGGCCAUAAGCUUUCUCUCGAUGUCUAUCGGCACUUGCUACGUUGUGCAGCCCUUGGGGGUAAUGGGACUAUGGCGAGGAACAUUCUUCGAAAAGUUAUGCCAGAAAGUAAUAUCACACCUGAUGUUACUUGCUACAACUAUUUUAUGGAGGCAUUGAACUGGAAUUUGGCCUACGGUCGGCAUGAGCGCUACCAUCUCAGAGUUGUCCCUAAUCACACGGAUCUCCGGGCUCGACCAUCCAGGCCUAAAGGCUUCCAAGGCCAUUCGGUGGCCUCACCAACGAACCGGAGUGAUGAUCAGUCCCUACGUUUAGAGGUGCUGAGGACUUUCAAUGAGCUCGUAAGACAAGGAUUGAAGGGUGAUGAAGCUACAUUUUGCAAUUUGAUAACUGCAAUGGGCCGCGAGGGUGAUAUAUCCAGUGUGAUGAGUGUGCUCAAGUCGGUUUGGAAUAUCGAUCUCGAAGCAUUGGGAAGAUACGACGAGGAAGAAGUCGAAAGCCCAACAUUUUACGAAGCCGAUUCUCCCCUACGCCCUACUGAGCGCUUGCUUCAUACAGUGGUCCAUACCUUCUCUUCCAACAACCAAGUUAAUGUGGCCAGCCGGUUGAUCGAUUAUAUAUCCCGAAACUAUAACAUGUCGAUACCGAGCUCUAUUUGGACGCAACUGCUCGAGUGGACCACUGUUUUGGCAGUGCAGCUGGGAGGAAGAAGAACACGAGAUGGUCAUGCUGUCGGCCGGGUGUCGCAAGAUGGAGUCCAGGCGUUAUGGAAUGCGUACCAUGAUGAACCCUAUAAUGUCCCCGUCACCAUUGUUGACCAAAUACUCAAGCUCAAGUGCUCUAUGCGAGGCAAGCAUCUUGACCUUUCUUUACAAGAGCUUCGAGUCUGCAGGCGACUUCUUGAGGAUGAUCGGACGACUGUCUCACACUUAUACGACCAGAUGCGUGAGAAAUUGACAAGUGAUCACGAGAAUAUUUUUGCAGAUGGCGUGGCAUCGACUGAUUUCCUCAAAUUGAAACGGGAAUUCCUGUUCGCCUCGUUGAAGAUGGACUGUCAUAUCCAAUUGAUAGCCGUUGCCCUCCGAACCAUGCUCAAAGAGAAGCAUUGGAACUUCACCUCUCACCUCGCCUCUUUCAGGAAGGUCACAUGGCCACUACAGUUAGUGCCAGACCUGGUUCGAGAGUGGUCAGAUUUUUUACCAAACGUUAUUCCCUACUUCACACCAACAGGUCAUGUCAUGAUUCUUGGCCAGCAGCAUCGCCAUAAUGCUCUUGUAUCAGCCAAUUCGACCCAAACCACCCAUGUUGGCCUUAUGCGUACAGCUUUCGAUACAUACAGCCCCGCUGGCUUGCGGCGUGCGGUUGACCAUUUACAGCAUAGUCUUGGUCACAAAGGCAUGCUCGACACAGAGACGAGUGAUACAGAGUAUGGCGACCAGAAAUACAUGGAUUGGGUUCUUCAAGAGGAGAGAGAGUCACGUGCCGAGCGAUUGAACAACCGAUCCUGGGGAACAUUGAACAAUCCAGGGCCCGAUUGGCGCGUUGAUGAAUGGUCACCGUGGCCGUCGAAGCCGACAACAGAUGGGAAGGCGUAG